AUGAUAUCAGGCAUCCCAUUUCUACCAACACAUUUAGUACAAUCGGCCUAUGAUGAAGUAGUUGAUUCGACACCAUUGCGUAUACGACAUAAAACGCAACCGUUUUAUCAUUAUUUUUCAAACAUGUGGUUAAAUGGACAGUAUGUUAUUGAAGUAUGGAAUGUUUAUGGUCAAGAUAGACGAACAAUAAUGAUGUUGAAUCAUGGCAUUCUAAGUUGUCAUGUAUUACAAACACAACCGACUGUAUGGAGAUUGAUUGAAACACUUAAAGCACAAUACGUCUUAGUUCAAUAUGAUAAUGAACGUUUACGUUCCGGAACAUAUAAAGGUCGAAAAAUUUAA